ACAUGGACUCAAGAGAUGGAGUUUGUAUUUUUUUUAUCUUCCCAAACGUCACGUUGGGUUGUAUGAACACUUCUUAUUUUAGACAUGGCCUCUGCCGUUCAACCGGAGAACAGUAAACGUGAAAUGAAACGUUGUUGAUUUUUUCUUUCAUUUUUUGGAACUUUUUCUUCUUCUUUAUCCCCCUCUUCCAAUUCUUCUUCUUCCGCUAUUAGAUCAAAAUCUCGUGUUUGCUGUCAUCGGAUUUGAGAUGAAAAUCUGACCAAUCAGAACUGUUACCUUGUCCAAGUUCUCGCCGUGCUGCGUUCAUGGACCCGCCAACAAAUGGAAAUGCGGAAAUUGACGUCAUACCGUUACACAAUGCAGACGGUAAAGUGUGUGCUGCUGGGGGACGGGGCUGUGGGUAAAUCAGCCAUGAUCAUCACCUACACCGCAGGCUUUCCUAAGGAGUGGACCCCGUCAGUGAUGGACAAUUAUAAAGUCAGUGUGACGGUGGACGGGAACGAGGUGAACCUGGAUGUGUGGGACCACAGCGGAUUAUCCGACUAUGACCGGUUAAGACGCCUGUCCUUCCCACAGACGGAUGUGCUCCUGCUUUGCUUUUCCCUCACCAGUCCAUCAUCUUUUGAAAAUGUGCGAAGCAAGUGGACCGGAGAGGUCAGAGAUCACUGCCCCGGAGUGCCAGUCGUCCUGGUGGGCACCAUGUUGGACCUCAGAGACGACACAGACAGGAUAGAAAAGCUGAAAAAGGAGCAUCUCUCUCCCAUCACCUAUGACCAGGGCCUGGCCAUGGCUGAAGAAAUAGGUGCGGUGACAUACCUGGAGUGUUCGGCUCUGACUGAGCAAGGACUUCAGGCGGUGAUUGAGGAAACCGCCAGGGUGGGCCUGAACGCCAAACCCGCUAAAAAACCAAAGCCAAGCUGCAGCCUGUCAUAAUGCAGAUGAUCCCUUUUAUAUGUUCAUGAUUUUAAAAACAGGGAUGUUGUGGCUGAGGCCAGCAGAGCGGAUUAAUGAGAGUGAAUGUUCUGGAACUCAUGAAGUGAAGUCUAGAGAAAUUUAAACCACCUGUGCUUAGGCCUGUCACGAUAACAAAUUUUGCUGAGCAAUUAAUUGUCUAAAAAGUUAUUGCGAUAAACGAUAAUAUGCCUGCGAUAAUAAUAAUGCCUGCGAUUUCCUGCCAUAGAUAGAUACACUUUAUUUUCAAAAGAACACAUAACACU